UGGGCGGAGUUUGCUCCGAGCCCUGAAAAGCGGGUGAGCGGCGCGACCUACGCAUUUGCUUCUUAUCCGAAGGGAUGGCCGCGUCUUCUUCGCUGUCCGGGUUAGCGGGGCUGCUGCUGCGGCCAUUGGGCGCCGCGGAGACCGUAGAGCUGGGCUCGUUUCUGGGUCGAGUGAUCUUGGUUUCCAAUGUGGCCUCGCUUUGAGGCACCACGGCCCGGGACUUUACUCAGUUCCGGGAGCUCCAGGAGCGCUUUGGACCCCGCGGGUUUACGGUGCUCGCUUUCCCAUGCAACCAGUUCGGCCACCAGGAGAAUUCCACCAAUGAAGAGAUCCUGAAUUCACUGAAGUAUGUCCGCCCAGGCAAUGGGUUUGAGCCUAACUUCCCUGUAUUUGAGAAGUGUGAGGUGAAUGGAGCAAAUGCGCACCCACUUUUCAAAUUCUUGAAGGAAGCAUUGCCUUUCCCACAUGAUGAUCCAGUAUCACUCAUGACCAACCCGCAGUGCAUCAUCUGGUCUCCUGUGUCCCGCAAUGACAUCGCAUGGAAUUUUGAGAAGUUCCUUGUAGGUCCUGAUGGUGUGCCUUUCAAACGGUACGGCAGGCGGUUUGAAACUAUCAAGAUCCAGGAUGAUAUUGAAAAGCUUCUUCAGCAAGUUCCAUAAAAUUGACCAGAUUGUCUUUCAGAAAUUUCCUCUUGUGAUAAAGAGCUAUUGAGAAAUGUCUGUCUAAAUCUUGGAAUCCAGUUACAUAUUGAAGAUUUAACAGAUAAGCAUUCAAGAUUUGCAUUGCAGUUGGGAUCAAAAUACAUAGACAUCUGGUUUAAGUUGAUGUGAACCACCGAAUUCUAUGCCAGCAAGCCAUGUAAUAUGGCUGUUCAAUGUAUGUUUCUGUGGUGUGCACAUUUAACUUGAAACAUUACAGAUUAAUAUGUAUACAAUUGACAUCUUGUAUUUGUGUAAUGCAGGGGUCCCCAACCUUUUUGAACCUGCAGGAAUUCACACACAGGAUGAAUGACUGUUUCAGGAGGUGGAGCCAAACAAAAUGUCAGGGAGUAAGGUUGUACAUAACUAAUAGCAAAUCUUUAACAUUCCAGGCAAAAGUCCUAUUUAAAGAAAGCCUUUUAAAAUGAAUACAUUAAAUAAAUAAAUAUAUAUUCUUGCAUAUCCACAACUUUCAAUCAUGUAAUUGAAGAUCCUUCUGCUGUGAUGGCAGCUGUAGCCAAAGCAACUUCUAAAAAACUGCAUAGCCAAUUAGAAAUCCUGCAGGGCAAAGCUCCAUCUGACCCUGCCCUUUUUCUAAAAUAUAUUUGUUUGGCUCCAGGGAAAAUAUCACAGGCGCCGUGAUGCCUACAGGCACUAGAUUGGGGACUCCAGUAUAACGUGUAAACUGGCUAGUAAGUCUUCAGACUUUUUUCUUUCUUCUGCAUUACCUUUUUUAUAUUGCCAAUUGCUAACUCUGGCAGUAAAUUUCUAUUCACCAUCAAAAUUUUAUUAAUGAUGGUGCUUGUUCUAAACAUUUGAAAAGCACUUGAUACACCUAUAAAAUUUUGUAUGUGAUAUGGUAAAUCACUCCAGGGAAAAGUUGGGAAGCUGAGCAGUUUGAUGUGAAAGCCCCUGUACACCAAUAAAAUGCUUGCAAUACUGA